CCAGAGUAGUGGGCUACGCUCCGCAGUGGCAUACUAUUAUAAGCAUGCUCUGUAGUGCUUUAGGUGCGAUUUGGACGUGGUCACGCUUUUGUGGGCGGGGUUUCUCUAACAGUGUUGCCAUGACGCCCGUACACACUUCGGCUCGUGACUUCACUCCGCUUCCCUGAGGUUUUAGACUGUAGAGAUAUGUAAACUAUGUUACUUUUUAUCGAGGGAUUUUCAGCAUUUCAUUCAGGUGAAUGACGAAAGGGGAGAAAUAGUAAAUGCGAGUAAAUUCAUUAUGCGUGUAAAUCAAGAGGAACUAUAUUCAUCCAAGAAUAUAAACCCAUCAGUGCUGCAGUUUACGUGUGUGUUCUCUGGUUAUUCUGAAGAAUUCUUUUGAGCAGAAUAAAAUGAAGGGUUAUCUUAAAACCUUAAGCUGGAUAUUUAAACUCCAACCCAAGAGCACUACAGUGGGAAAACACAGGGAUUCAGAUCUCUGCCUCCAGAAUGGUGGUGUGGAUGAGCACCAUGCUACUAUUGAAUGGAAUGAGAUGGAGCACUGCUAUGUUCUUAACGACCUGAACUCUGCCCAUGGUACUUAUGUCAAUGACUGUCGCAUACACAACGCAGCAGUGCGUCUUACACCAGGGGACGAGAUUCACUUUGGUUACGGAGGCUCAGCCUACAAGCUCUUAGUGGAUCCUGCAGACCCACUCCCUGUUCUGCCUAUCCAGUCUGCCACUUCUCCAGCUGGAGUAAGGAGUCGUGCACUGUCUUCUUCUGUUACUCCUCAUCCUCCUCGCAGGCCUCGACCUGCAAGUGCAGGAGCUAAACGCAGCAGUUUGGGCACAAAUAUUCCAGAGUACAGUGGCUCCUCUCGUAGACCAGGAAGCUGGGCCAGCAGCAUAGGAAGAGGACUCAUUUUUAGAAAUACAAGCAUAUCCCAGAGCUGUCAAAGCAUGCAGGACUUAUUACAGGACAAGGAGGAAAGCUGGGCGAGGUGUAGGGAGGAACAGAGUGGUGUGCUAGCGUCUCAUGGUGAAGCUGAAAGGAAGGAGUGUAUGAUCUCAGCUCUGAGGGAGGAGGUGUCAGCACUCCGGUUGCAGCUCUCUCAGAGCAACCAGAAUGACCCAGACAUCAGACACAAGCUGCGCAACCUGACCCGUGACAUCCAGGAGAAAAAAGAGGAGAUCCAACAGCUAAAGGAGCAGAUGCUGGAGAUGCAGGCGAAAUCUGGUGAGCUCAAUGGCCAGGCUGUAGCAGAGAGAGAUCAGAUGAUCAGCAAUCUCAAAAAACAGAUGGAUAAGCUGAAGAGUGAAAACAGCAAGUCAGCAGCACUGAUCAACAGCGUGCAGAAGGAUCUCUUGGCUCGGGAGAAACAGGCAUUAAAACUGGCUGCUGAAGUCGAUAAUCUCAGAAAGGAUGUGAGACACAAGGAUGCUCAGCUUAGUAACAUGGCUAAUAAGCUGUCAAAGCUGAAAGAGAUUGAGAAGAACCAGGAGGAGUGUCUUGCCAGGGAAAAAGAGGUGGAAUCCCUCAAAAAGACUGUGGAGCAGAUGGAGAUGAGUCUGAGAGAGAAACAGAGAGAGAUGAAGCAGCAGAACACAGAGAGAGACUUACUCAAACACAGACUAGAUCAGAAGACACAGGAGCAAAGCUCUCUGCAGUCUGAGAUGAACAAACUGAAGCUGCAGAAGCAACAAACACUCCAGAGAGAACAGAAAGCUCAAUCAGAACUAAGACACACACAGACAAGGCUUGAGAACAUGUGCAGUCAAAUCAUGAAACAUGUACUCGUCACUUCAGAAACAGUAUCAGAGCCAGAGAUAUUGGAUCAUUUGUUAAAGUUAAGGAAACAGAAGGAAGUGAUUAACUCCAGAGUGCAGGGAUUAGAGCAACAACUUCAAGAACACAACGAGAACCAAAAGGUGGUGAAAGAAGACACUGAAAAACUCAAGGCCAGACUUGCUGAAUUUCAGUGUAAUGUACAAAAGGUGUAUUUGGUGGAUGCCAUGCAGAGGCAAAUAUCUGCUUUCCAGGAUGAGAAAGUGUGUCCUGCAGUCAGCUGGGUUCAGACUCACACACUCUCUAUCCUGACCAGUCUACACACACUGCUACAGGACACAGCAGACACGCUGCUGGCAACUGGGGUUGAGGUGUCAGAGAAGACUGGAGGAGUUUCGGGUGCUGUAAAAACUUUGUGCCAGCAGCACCAGGAGAUCCAGUCACAACUCAGGAAGCUACAGGCAGAGAAGAAGCAGCUCGAAGAGCGGGAGGACCAAGCUGAUGACAUGCAGAUCAAGCAGGAGACUAUGGAACGGGCGCAUCAGAAACUUCAGGCUGAGGAAACACAGGCAAAGAUGGAGGAUACUAUGAAACUGCAGCUGGAGAAAAUGAGCACUGAUCUGGAGGCAGCCAGAAAAGCUGAAGCAGUUUUACAUUCGGAGAUGGAGACGCAGGAGGUGAGGUGGCGCACCAAACUGGAGGAAGCAGAGAAAAGAGAAAUUGAACUGAGGGAGAAGAUUACAGAAGUAGAGCUGCAAGAGGAGCAGUGGAGAAAGAAAAUGGAGGAGGAGAAGGUAAGAGAGGAUGAGUGGAGGAGAAGAGUAGAGGAGGCCGUGCAGAGAGGAGCAGAGCAAGAGAGAGAGAGAUCCAGAGUGGAGAUUGAGGAGUACAGGGAGCAGGUGCGGCAACAUGCUCACACCAUUGUUGCCUUGGAGGAGCAAAUGAGCUCAGCACGGCAGAAAGCGAGAGAGAUGCAGGAAGAGAGAGACUCACUAACACAGCAGCUUGCAGAGGCACUUAACAAGAUGAAGGAUGACAAACCCAGUGUUUCAUCAGAGCAAACAGAAGAGCAACAGCAACUGAAGCAGACAGUGACAUCCCUCAGGGCAUCACUUGGAGUGUCCCAACAGGAAGUGGUCAGGCAGGGUGAGGUUAUUACAUCUCUCAGUCGUGACCUGGCCCACGCUCAUGCUCGCCUCUCUGACCUCACAGGAGAACUGAGUGAACGGCAGAAAAUGGAGCUGGAGACACACAAAGCUUUGGUAGUGGACCAGAGAAUGCAACUGAGCAUGCUCACGCAGAAGUUAACAGUGACCGCUGAGCUUGUUGAACAGAAAGAAGAGGAGCUAAGGACACUGAGAGAGAAAUUGGUACAAACGGAGGCAGAUUUAAAGAGAGAGAGGACAGAGCAUGCAGGCCUUCUUCCUCCAACAAUCCCACACACUAAAGAUGUGGCCAUUAUGGUUAGCCCUAGCAAUCUGCCUAAUCAGGUGUCCAAGUGCAAAGUUUGUCGUCAAGAAGAAAUGAUACGUCAAGGCAAAGAAACCCUCAGUGCAAUGAAAGAGAGGAUCAGUGCUGUAGAGCAGAAGUGGCCCUGCAAGGUGUUGGCCCAGCAGAGGGAGCCAGUGAGACAGGACCAAAAGAAACCGGUUCAAAUGAAAGCUCAAAGGCUUAAGAGAUCUGCAGCGCAAAGAGACCCCUUCAGCUCUGUGAGUGGCUUUGCCUUCCCUGAGGCUCUGAGUGAAGCAGCACUGGAACGCACAGCAAGGCUGGACUUGUCUGAUGCUUUGGAGCUAAGUGAGAGGACGUAUGUGGAUCUGGCACGUGCAUUGUGUGAAGCUUUGGAGCUGAGUGAGGGACAGCUUUCAGGAUGUGUCUCACUGAAGCACCUGCCGCCGGGGGAGAGAGAGCACAUGGCCACGCUCAGACAGGAAGACCUGGAGCUGUUACGAAGCCAAAUCGCCCUGCAGAACAGCCAGAGCCAAAACAAAGGCCUGCUACUGCAAGAGAGCCAGAGGGAAAUACAUACACUCAGGGAGAGCCAGGCUGUUGGGCAGCAGAUGCAGAUUGAGCUGGAUAAUAUGCGUUCAGAGCUGGCUACACUGAAACUGGAGAGUAGUACACUACGCCAGACCCUCGAGGACACGCAAAUCCAGCUACAGCACUGCACUAACUGCAGGAAGAGCAUGUCUCUGAAUAUGGACAAAAUGGAAGGGAGGAGUAGAAGAAUUGGUCAUCAUAAUUGUAUACCAGACAAUAACUUCAGCAAGGUAGCAGUCAUGAAGAGGUCGAGGAAGCAGGAGAGGAGGCAGAGGGCAGAGGGUGAGAAGGACGUCCUGAUGAAUGAUCACAAAGAACAGGAGAGCUGCAAAAUGGUCGCUCAGAUAGGUAGCAUGGCACCGCAACAACAGAGCGCUAAGCUCACUGAGGCUCACUGAGGCCCACUGACACAGACAUUAGUUCAGGUUCAGUCCUCAAAAUGAAUGAAUUCUUAUAUAACAAAUGCACUUGAAUCCAUAUGAAGUAAAUUAUGUUUGCCAAAAGAAAUGGCUGUACUUUUCACAGUAGCCAAAGACAUCAUAAAUACAUGUUUGAUGGGUUAAAAUAAUCAGUGACAGUGUGGUGUGAUGCGGCCCGAUGUGAAGUUGAUUAUUUUCCUAUAACAGUGCAUUCUAAAACUGAUUCAUUCCUCUUAUACCAAAGCGGUUUGCCAAUACUAUCAAUUUGUAUUUGUUAAAGAAUGACGUACUUUUUAUCUGUUGAUAAAGUAAUGUUGUGAAACAUCUGCAAAACAAGUUAGUUCCUGUAAUCACUAAGGUAUAACAGCUAUAACUAAUGGUUCCCUCACCAGCCUGUCUGUUUUCUCUUUCUUGAAGUUAACACACAAAAAAAAUUCAACUUGCCAUGUUACUGAAGACUGUUGUAUCUGACAACUUUAAGGAACAGCUUUCCAUUUCACAAAGUGCUGACACUCUUUCCAUAAAUGGAAAAUGCAUAUCUCACAGAAAACUUUACCCUAUCAACAACUGUAAAAUUUAUGUCCAUCCAUCAUAUAACUUCAGUGUAUAAGUUGUUACUAUAGAAACAAUAACAUAUUGGAAUGAGAUCAGUAAUAUAAACCUGAACUAUUGCCAGAGCUGUGCUAUUAUAAAAAUCAAUACUUCAGAACUGCGGUAUAAGAAAUUGUAAUGCAUUGUAAAGUACAGAGUUAACACUUAUUAACACAGACACAGACAUUAGAGGCUCUCUGUGUAAACAUCACUGCACAGUUUCCCUCAAACUGACAAUACUGUUGCACUUGCAGACAGAGACCAGAGUAAAAAUUAAGCAGCACUACUUGUCAACACCAGGCUGUUAGUCCUCUUCAGUGUGUCACACACACCAUGCAAAAUCUAAUUGUAGUAGCAUUUGAUUGGAAAUACAAAGCACACCAAUGACACAUAUUACAUAUAUUUUUAAUUUUCCAUACUUUCUAUGUUCAUCUUUGCUGAUUAUUAAAGGUGAAUAAAUAAAAAAAUCUAUGAGCAAAUGUCCAAACUUUUGACUGAUAGUGUAUAUUAUGGUAUUAUGGUUUAUAUGAAUAAUACAUUGGCAAUAUAAAGUAUACCAAUGCAAUGCAAGCGUAUAUGCAAUGCAUGAGAUACAUGGCAUAACAUUUAUUCAUCAGCAAAAAACCUGGAACUUCACAAAAAAGUACAAAAAGUGGCAUGUACAUUGUUAAGACAUACUAAAACAAAUUUAAGCACCUAUAUUCAGUACUUUGCAAUAUUCUUAGGGAUAUUUUCAAAGACUUGAAGAUGAUUUCAAAAUAAGGAAAUAUAUAACAUCUAAAGAUGUAACAUUUAUAACAAAUUUAUAUAAUGAUUAUGUGGGUGACUUUUGCACAGGAAUGUAUGCCACAUACACAGAGAACACAUUU